GGUCCAACUACAUAGUCUGUCCUUCCUUAUAUAUCAGACGAAUAAAGAUCCAGAUUAGAAAUCCAUGGUUCCAUGGUUCUAGACGUUCCGGUGCUGCCUUUGCUCAUCUUUACAUCAUGGAGCUUUCUGUGAUGAGGGCGACGUUGAUUCAAUCUAAGACGCGUCUAGCGUCACAUGACAAUGCCAAUCAGAGUUAAACUCUGGCAUGAACCCACGCGUUACAGCACUGAUCACUCGUUUUCCUUCCUUACUUUAAACCUCAUAACCUCAUCGUCUUGCAGAUUCCCGACAUCCGACCUCUUUUCCAUUGAAUCGAUCACAUUACUUCAGCUAAACACUACACAUUCGACAGCAGCUCUCUCAUCGCACCACUCGACGUACAGGAAGUGAUGGGUCUUAAUGGCUGGUACGCCUUUCUUCGUAAGAAGGCCGCGUCAACAACCUCGAGCACCGCCACCAGAAGAUUCGACCUUCUCUCUCGCUUUUCAGUCAUCAGGAAUGCUUAUACACGAAACUCCAUCGAGGUGGCCCAUACGAUCCUAGAGCUGGAUGUUAUGCGGUUCGGGACCAAGGAAAAUAUCAUUAUCUACGUCGACGGAGUCCAGGCAGAGGUGAAGGAGUUCACUGCUCAGAUCCGCCAAGAAGCUCGGGAGAAGACCACUAAGCGAUGCAAAGAAAGUGUGGAUGAACUACAAAGACGGAUCGAUAACAACCUCAAGGUCCGUAAGCGACACUUUGCCGAUGCCUGGACCAGCCUUGCGUCCUCCUUCUAUUGGUCCCUGCCCAUCCGUGAUGCAUUUGUCAAAUCUGACGAUAUUGUCGUGUCUGCGGACAGCGAUAUGCUCGCGUACCCAUCCGUGUCAACCCUGUGGCGCCCGAUUUCAAAGAACUUGAUUCUGAUCUACAAGAUAUCGGAUAUCUGUGAGGUUCUCGGUGUGUCCAGGAUCCAACUCACGGCCCUCGCUGUUGCCUCCAACAACGACUACGGAAAAAAUAUCUACUCUCUUGGACCGGCGACCAACUUUUCGAUUAUCAAGACGAUCAAGAAACAAGGUAAAUAUCAAUGAUCAAAGUAUUAAGGAGCGAGUAACUAAUAUAUAUUUUUUUCUACUUUUUUUUACCCUAUUUUUGCAUAUGUGCGACAGACGGUGAAUGCAUAUUUGGAAGACUCCAAGGUCGUUUUAAAAAACACAGACAACAGAACACUUGAACUUGCACUCAGAGUCUUUGUUGAUCUCCAACAGACGC